AUGACCUCAUUUACCGCUACCAGCAGGCCAAAGUCUUCCCGCAGGUCCAAAUACACUGCUGUGGCAUGCCUUGAGUGUCAACGCCGGAAAAACAAGUGUUCAGGAGAAAAUGAGUGUGAACCUUGUCGGAGACGAGGUGUGCGCUGUGUCUACUCCACAAAUGGCAGGCACCGCAUUCGGAGAAGACAGUGUGACGAAGUUCGCAACUUCAUGAACCUUGCAUCGCGGUCCUCGACUUCGGCAUCCCCCCCAUCAUCCCGGUCUAUGACACUGAGUCAACCCAAUUACCAGAGCCGGAACACUGCUGUAGAGAACGAGAUUGAGUCUGUCGACGCCAAUUCGAUAUCGCAUGACUCGCUUGAUGCACCACAGAUCAUGCCCAUCCCGGCUCUCAACUCAGAACCAAGGCUAGCAGAAGAAAGGAUUCGCCGUCUCGAGACCACUCUACAAACUAUAGCCAAGUUAAGCUCUCGAUCUGUCGCGAAUCCCGUUGACUCAUGGUGA